GCAUGUCAAACUGCAAAACUAUAACUACCACAAACUCCAAAUAAAUCUUAUUAGCUCUUAUUCAAGUGAUAAAGAGAAAACAAAACACACUGCGACACUCAAAGAUGAUCCAUCAAGCUUUGGCUCUCCCUCGUUUGGCUCACCCAUUUCUCACUAGAGGAUUUGGGUCUAAUGGAGGCGUGUUUCUGCAUCAAUCCCGAACAAAGCACCAAGGAGUAGCAUUUUCAGCUGCUGAUGAUGAUCGAAUCGCCAGUUCCAAUUCGAUUCAGACAAGGAAAGUAGUGGAGCAUGUGUGUUUACUGAAAGCGAAACAGAGUUUGUUGUCUGAGGAGAAAGAAAAAGAUAUGCUUGACUAUCUUUACACUUCUCAGUACCAAAUGAGAGGCAUUGUUGCUAUCUCUGUCGGUAGCAUUGGUGAUAAAAGCAGUGGAGACUUCACACACGCUCUCUUUGUGCGGUUCCAGAGGAAGGAAGACCUUGAGAUGUUCUAUGAGAACCCUCUCUUCUUGAAAGUUCUCAACGAACAUGUAACACCAUUCUGCCAUGGGCUAACUAAUGUGGACUAUGAAUCAGAGGUUGAAGAUGACAUCCUUUCGAUAUUCCGAAAGGGCGAGGAGUACAACUACGGAGAAGAGUUUGUUCUUCUGGUUACUUUUGCCAAGAACGCUUCAGAGAAGAACAUUAAAGAUGCAACGGAUUCUUUUGCGCAGCUAACUUCAUCUCUUCCAUCAUUAAUUGUCCAGUCUACUCAAGGUUCAAACUUUAAUAAAAGCAGUGAGGAAUUCACGCAUGCAGCAGUAGUUCGAUUCCGUUCCUUUGACGCCAUGGAGAUUUUCGUUGAGGGCAGAGAGUAUAAAGAUAUGUGGAGGUCUCAGUUCGAGCCGUUUAUAGAGAAAUCAGUAGCUCUUCAUUUCUCUGUGGAUCCUGUGGGUACAGACGUCAUGUGAGUCCAUAUCACACAACAAUUUCAAGUUUCAACCAGACAUGUAAAGGUUUCUUGCAAUGCAUUCUCAACAAGGUUCUCACUGUUUCUUCUGAUACAACAAAACUUGUUGGUUGCAGUACAAUUCAUAAAUAUUUUGUUGCUAA